AUGGCAAGUGAACAACCACAAACCAUAUCUGUUGAUCAGAAGAUCAACAGUGUUGCGCCUGAGAAGGAUGAUAUGGUUGUUGACGAACCUGUCGUAAAGGUGGUGAAUGGUCAUUCCCCGUCAGGGGAAGUCCCUCAGACCAAUGGUAAAUCACCAUCGCCGGACAAGACAAUCAAUCAACAAGCAUUCGCGGCAAACAGCGAAUUAUCAGUGCCGUCGCCGGCUGAGCUUGCGGCCGAAGAAUCGAUCAAGGAACCGGUAUCAGAAGACAGCGAGAUGAAAGACGUGAAUGGUGCAAAGGAGCAAACGUCGCCAGAUGCGCCUGCAACGAAAGACGAAAGCGCUGUACAGGCGCCCGCAAGUCCGCCGCGAUCUGCUACUCCCAACGCAGCAGCAGCUGAUGAAACAAUGGAUGUCGAUACGCCAACUGAGCGGCCCGACUUAUCCUCGAGCAUUGAGCAUGCCGAUAGUACACAGAAUACAUCUGCUGUGAGCGAAAAUGUUACGAUCGCUUCGCCACAAGAGAUUAGCCAGUCAGCGGAUGUCGCCAAGCUCGAUAUCAAGUCCCCAGGUUUGGAACACAAGGAUGAGCCCAUGCCUGAUCGUGCUGCAUCUCCUGCCAAGGUGUCUAGAGAGCGCUCACUCGAUGAGGAGGACGAGCCGUCGGCGAAACGGACGAAGCUUGACUCGGUUGUGAAGAAGCCAGUAGAACCGAAGACAGAGAAAGUCGGCGAUAAUAUCGGCGUCGCUUCCUCCGUACUAUCUCCAGCUCCGGAUGGCGAGGUUGACAAUCUUGUCGACGACAUUCCCAACGAAAAACCUCUCAAGGAAUUCCAUGGCAAGGAGAUUCGGAAAGAGUUAGCAAGGGUCAAAAAGACGAAGAACGGCAUGCACUUCCGCGGUUCUGUCGAGAGGCUAUGGACAAGCAUCUGGGAGAAUUACAAGGCGUUGAUUAAGAAUCCGGUGGAUCUCUCCCUGUUUGAGGCCAAACUCCGCGAUAAUAAGUAUGCGACUUUCGGCGAUUUCAAGGCUGAUCUCCGACUGUUGUACGAGAACUCUUACAAGUACAAUGGUGCCGCCAAUGCCAUCAGCAUAGCUGCUUUUCGUGUACGCAACGAUUUGUUUGCAAAGUUGAGCGAGGUUUCAAAGUUGGAAGAACCAAGCAAACCUGACAAGGCCAAGGCACAGCCAACACGUCAUGUGGAACACCGCGCCGCUACUCAGCCUCGGCGUCAAUCACAAUCUCAACCCCGCGCGACCGCCACGAGCCCGAAACCUAAAGCAGAAGCUGCGGCUGCCAUAGCAAGCACGUCUACUCCCAACGCUGCUCCGGCCUUUGCCCUGCCGCCAAAUGGUGUGCCCCAGAUCCGCCGGGACUCAACGCGCGACGAUGGGGAUCGUCCAAAGCGCCCUAUACACCCUCCCAAGAAUCGUGAUCCUGAUUAUGGUGCCCAAAACUCUCGAAAGAAGAAGCUCGAACCCGAAAUGAAGUUCUAUGCUGACGUUUUGGGAGAUUUGAAGAAACAGAAGUAUUGGACUCAGAAUCAGUGGUUCCUUGAGCCAGUUGAUCCGGUAGCUCUCAACAUCCCUAACUAUUUCUCCGUCAUCAAAAAGCCAAUGGACCUCAAGACAAUGACCGAGAAGCUUGAAGACGGACAGUAUCGCAGUGGUAAAGAAGUAGAAAAGGACAUGCGACAGAUUGUGGCUAACUCGGAAUUGUUCAAUGGAAUCUCGCUUGUGACGCAAUGUGCUCAAGAGCUGGAGGGGCUUUUCAAGCAAAAGGUUGCAGAGAAGGAGAACUGGAUGAGCAAAAACUAUCCGCCAUCAGCACAUUCAGCCACGGCUUCCGCAGCCAGCCCCGAGGUUAGUGACCUGGAGUCUGAAGCGGACAGCGAGGUUGAGGAGGACAGCUCUGAGUCAGUUCGCAAUGUUCAGUCAAGGCUUCUUGAAGAACAGAACAAGUUGAACGACAUGCUUGGUGCGAAGAAGCCCGAUAUGACCAUGAUUGAAAUUCAACAAAACGUCGUUUCCAUGCUUCAACGAAAACUUGUUGAGGAAAAGUCGAAGGUCGGCAGCUCCAAGAAAACCAAGACGCAAAAGAAGCCGACUUCCAAGGGCAAGGCCAAAUCCAGCGCCUCUCAGGGUGCUGGAGGGUCUGCCAACAAGAAGACCACUGGGGGUGCGAGUGCUACAAGCAAGAAUCGUCCUGCAAACAGCAAAAAGCCUUCGAGCAAGAAGCGACACAUCGGAGUGAUGGAGAAGCAAGUUAUCACCGAUGGUAUCGGCGAGCUUGACGGUCCUACCCUGGACAAGGCGGUCGACAUUAUCAAGAAGGACACCAACCAGAAAGAGGACGAUGAUGGCCGACUAGAGCUUGACAUAGAGGUGCUUUCCCAGGAUGCUCUUGGCCGGCUGUUUGAAUUGAUCAACAAGUCUUACCCCAAUAUUUACGCUACGGUGUCCAAGAGACCGGAAUUUAGCAACAACAGCAGCAGUAGCAAAGUUGAGAAGCCGGCGCAAUCGCCAGGUCACUCUGCCAACCCUUCGAAGCCGAGGAAGAACAAGCCAAUGAAUAAGGAUGAGCAAGAACGUAAGAUCGAGCAGUUGCGAGAGCUCAAGGCACAGUUCCAACGCCAGGGCAGCAAUAGUCAGGAGCCUGUGCCUGAAGACGAGGAACAGCGACCAGGCAAUUCUAGUGAGGACAGUGAUUCGGAAGAGGAGUAG